UUGUGCAUUAGCAACAUAUAACCACAGUUUAACCUCAAACAUUAGGCAUUUUUAUGCCAAAAAAUUAGGUAUUUUAACCAUAUACCUAUUCUGUUAUAGUUAAAGAAAACGUUGUUGGUCGUGUUCCGUUUAUAAGAAUGGCAUUUCCGCUGCCAAGAUUCGAAAAAUGUUGUUGUUGUUUACCUUUGAGGACUGGCUCUCUUCUUAUUGGAUACGUAUCUAUAGUAUUUUCUCUGUUAAGUAUAAGCGGGAUAUCAUAUUCAUUAUUUAGGGUUGUAACAUUCGUCCAGAAUAACGAGAACCCGCCCGACCAAGAACACAGCAAAGAAGAAUAUGACAGAAUUACGAUCAGCCUGUAUAUAUCUCACGGUUAUAUACUGUUUGUAUAUUUAUAUUAUGCAGUUAUGAAUCUAAUGCUUAUUAUAGGAGUACACUUGAACAAAACACACAUUUUGAAGUACUACGUGUACUGCGCCUGGUUAGUGCUAGUACUAGCGAGUGCAACAGUCGUUAUAUCAACAGUUCUCUUACAUUUUAUCGCCACAAUUGCAUUGUUGAAGUGGUGCUUAAUUAUUUUCUACUGCCUGCUAGUAGUACGAAGUACUUUUUUACAAAUGGAAGAACGGAAUAAACCCCGUGAAUUUGAGAUGCAGAACUUGUAUAUUCCACAACGAGCACCAUUAUUACUUUAGCAUUUAAAUAAUGCUUAUAAAAUAAAUAUUUAUGAUUUUUAAAUCAAUGAAUAAAAGAUUUUUUUUCUUUUAAAUAAGUAUUUUAUUAUGAUUGCAAUUUCAACUAAAUUGUAGGUGGAAAAAAUUAUUCCGUUUAUACUAUCCUUGAAUAAAUUCUUCAAUCUUAACAUUUAUUGUAUUUUAAACUUUGAAAGCCUACUUUUGUAUUAGAAAAACAUUGAAACUAAGUUUGUUGUAUCACAAAUCUGACUACUGCUAUAUUUAUUUUAGUUCAUUAUUUAUUUUUUCCAAUAUAAUACAUUGAACAAAUAUCAAAUGAUAUUUUUAUAAAAUAAUCGAUUUCUUAAUAUUAUUUAGUCUGUGGAAGUGGCAAACUAAAAUCGAUGUGAGCUGUGACGUUUAAUUUUAUUAUCUGUUUAAACUAAAAUUACAUUGAAGUUAGCUGUUUGAAGAUAUUUUGUAGAUUUAAAGUUAUAAUUUCUUGUAAUAUGAAAAUUACAAUAUAUCCUUCUUAACUGUUUCUUUAUAUGCAAUGUUUGUUUGAGAAUAUAUCCUACAAUAAUGUCGAGUAAAUAUCACCCAAGCAGUGGCGGUACCGCUCAAACACAGGUUGUAACCUAGAACGAAGCUUUUGUUUUGUAAUACUAUUAGAAAUUCAGAAAUAUACUAUUAUUUUUUCUAAA